UUAGCUGAGAGGAGAAAAAAACACGCGGCCGGCCAUUUUGCGCAGAACAAAAUUCAGCGAAAGGAGCUGAUUCCAUCAAGUUUCUCACAAUUUCUGGCAGCAAACGCUUUAGAGUAUUUGCGCAUGUGUCCGUAAAAUCGUUCCAAGACAGUUAGUGGAGUGCACGUUGGUUUUCAACAUGUUCUGUUUUAGGGUUAGCCACUUCAAGAACGGUUCUGGUUUCUUGGAGUUUGAAAAUGAAGUGACCUGCGCGAUGGGAUUUCAUACUGAAUGGUAGUUUCCACAGUUGUCUCGAUUAGGUGAAGUUGACUUGGCGCAAAAACGUUGCAUUGCUUCAAUUCAUGAGAGUUUGAGGUUAGAAAGCAGCUGCUUUCAAACUCAAAAAGCUAUGCAGGUGUGGUCUACGAAGGUGAAUUUUUGGAUGGUAGGCGGCAUGGACAUGGGACCACAGAGAUCCCUGAAGCACUGCAGCAGCGCCUGGGUUUCAAAACCCAUGUUGGCCAGUACAAAGACGGACUCCGACACGGUCCGGGGGAGAUGGUCUUCGCAGACGGUGCAGUCUACAGGGGAGACUUCGAGAAAAACGGUCGCCAUGGCAAAGGCCUGUACAGGAACAGCGUGGGCAUUCCCAUUUUCGAUGGGCCUUGGAGCAGCGAUGAGCCUGGAACUGGCGCGGCCGAUGUUCUGUAUAGUUCAGGUCAUCGUUACAAGGGGCACGUGCAGAGCGGCGCUCGCGAGGGAGAGGGAACAUUGUGGCAUGACAGCCUGGAUGGUUCCAACUUGAUAUACACAGGGCAGUGGAAGGCAGAUGAAUUCCAUGGGGAUGGUGAGCUCCACUGUCCUGACGGCCUGUAUCGUGGACAGUUUGUGAAUGGCGUCAGAGAAGGAGAAGGUCGUUUUGAGUACAGCCGCGACACUUCGAGCUACUACCAGGGGCAGUGGAAGGAGGACCAACCGCAUGGCAUUGGAACAUGCGUUGACCAACACGGAGAAUAUGCGGACCGGGAGUUCGAAGAAGGGGAGCUCAGUAGACGCUACUUUUCGAGGUCGCGGAGUGUUUUCAAAGUGAAGCACACAUUGCCGGCGAUGAGUGUAAAGGUGGAGCCAGGACCGCAAGGCCUACCCCGGAGCUCAGUGAUUGGUGGACUCUUGGGUGAGGAGCCACAAACACAGUUGAUUGAUAAUGGCGGCAAUACACGGCGUUCGGGGCACCGCCCGAGCUCCAUGGGUUUGCGUUGGGCUUAGCUUGACAUCACGCUGCGCGGCAAGUUCAAGAAGUUCGCGACUUUCAUUGAGCGAAAGGAUCGGCAUUCAAACGUGUACAUAGAGCCUAUUUGGGCCGCCUAAAGUCGGCGUGCCUUGUGCUUGAGCGAAA